UUUUCAGUUCUCAGUUCGUGCGGCUGCGGUUUUGUGUUAUUUUUCUAAAUAACUAUAAAAGUAAAUUGGUAUUUAUCUUAUUUGUGUGUGUUAAAAUGGUGUGUAUUGGUUAAAAUAUCAACAAUGGGAACUUUUAAAAUAAAAUAAAGCUUCACAUUGUGGUAUUGUGAAAAUGCCUCCUGUAAAUUCUAAAGGAAAAAAGAACGGCGCCGAAUACGAGAAUAUCAUUACCACAAAAUGUACAGUGUUGGAUUUCGAGCGAUACAUUCAAGAAAACAAAACAUUAUUACUCAAUGAUCCAUUGAGAGACAUACUAUUGUAUCCAUCUGAUGAUGUUUCCAGUGUAGUACUGCCCCGAAGAUGGAGGACAGUAACAACAGCUGUUCCAGAUGUCAGAACGGCUGCAACAUGUCCCCUCCUCACUAGACAAGCCCUGCUCAGCUAUGCGUCUAGUUGGAAUCUGGUUCACUACAAAUAUAGCAAUUAUUCAGGCUCUUAUCUAAACUUGCCUAGACCCUUAGAUACAAAACUACCUGUAGAAGUCUAUGACAUAGAUACUGAAACAGAAAGUGAUCAUGAAGCUCAAAGUAAAGUUGAUGUUGGCACCAAAGAGGGCUACCUUCUCAAAGGACCGGAGAUUGGCUCAGAUAGGAUAUUCAGUAAUCUCGCCUCCAAAUCGUUUAAGAAACGAUACUGCUCAAUGGUCAGAGAAGCUGAUGGGACCUACAUACUUGAAGUAUACAAAGAUGAAAAGAAAACGGACACUAAGCUCACGAUUGUAAUGGAUUUUUGUUCUGAUGUUGUGAGAAACACAAAACGAGGGAGAUUCUGUUUCGAAUUGCGUAUGUCAGGCAAUAAAGGAUACACGUUUGCUACCGAAAAUGAGGUUGAAAUGAAAGACUGGAUAAAUGCUUUUACAGCGGCUCUCAAGAAAAAUAACGACCAAGGAAAUCAUCCUAAUGACGAGGUAUUAGACAAAGAUGCAGAUAUUUCGUUAACUGCCGAACCUCCUCCCCCUGUAUAUGGCACCCUUAAAGGCUUGGAGCACAGUAUGAAUCCGUUGCUAAUGCGCUAUUCAAGGGAGACCGACUUGUCCAUAGCAGCGGCUCGAAAUGACUGUCGUUCGAAUAUAUUCAAUCUGCCCUACAAAAGGGCACCCUCUCCCGAACCUCAGUUAGAACCUUUCAAGGAACAUUUUGGCCAAAGAAUAUUGCUCAAAUGCGAGAGUCUAAAGUUUAGGUUACAAGCACCGAUAGACGGUGAUAAGGAGCUGCUAUGUCAAGUCGAACCGUACUUCACAUAUCUGGCAGUAUACGACGCUCGGAGCGGCAGGAAAGUGACGGAAAACUUUCACUUUGACCUCAACCACACAGCCGUCAAGGAUCUAGUCAAUGAAAACGAGUGCACAAAGUCAUUAGUUGAAAAUUUUAGCUACGAUGUUAAGUUAGAUAUUAAACAGAUAUCCGAUGAGUGGUUUAAGUCAAAGAAACAGGUUGUUUUAUCAGUAAACAAUCCACAUUCUGAUCUGUUUUUGGUGGUGAAAAUUGAUAAAAUCUUACAAGGCCAUGUUAGUCAAGUUAUGGAGCCAUAUCUCAAAGCAACAAAGGAUCCUCGGCUGGGACUGAAAGUGCACAAAAAUGUUCAAGCGUAUGCAAAUCGCGUAGGCAAUUAUAGAAUGCCUUUCGCUUGGGCUGCGAAACCUUUGUUUAGAUUAUACAGUAAUGACUUAGACACAACACCCGAAUUUCCGGCGAUAUAUCGGCAGGAACCGAACAAAAUGUCAGAUGAUGAUCUAUUAAAAAUUCUACUGGAAUACCGAAAGCCAGAGAAAUUAGCGAAAUUAACUGUGAUACCUGGAUGGCUCUCUAUUAAUAUACAACAGAGUAAUGAACAAAUACCAAAUUGUAUGACAAGUUCGUACGCAGCACUGAAACCGUUCCCAUUGCCGCCUACAUCGCCGCUCACGUUAGAACUUGCGACUUUCAACCUUGAACCGGAGCAGCCAUAUGCAGCGUUCAUACAUCAUUUGUAUGUGCGACCGCUGUCACUGAAUUUUGAAUCGCAAAAAGUGUUUGUGAGAGCGAGGAAUAUUGCUUGCACGAUUGAAUUGAAGGAUAGUGAUACGGGGGAUGUUAGAGCUUUACAGGUUAUACACGGGCGGCUCGGUAUGACAAAUCAGUACAAAUGUUCAGUUCUCCACCACAAUGCUAACCCCACCUGGUGUGAUGAAGCUAAAAUACGACUGCCCACAACUAUAACGAAUCAACACCAUCUAUUGUUCACCUUUCAUCAUAUAUCCUGUGAUCUUGCCAAGAAAAAUGAUACAAAUGUUGAGACUUGUAUUGGAUAUGCUUGGGUACCAUUAUUAAAAAAUGAUAAAUUCAUAGAUGAGUUUAUCAAUUUGCCUAUCGCUACACACUUGCCAUCCGGAUAUUUAUCGAUUCAACCACUGGGACUUGGAAAAGGGAACACCGGUCCCGAAGUAGUAUGGGUGGAAGGCGAGAAGCAACUGUUCCGAUGCCAACUCGUACUAGACUCUACCGUCGGCACUCGAGACGCCAACUUGCACAAUUUGUUCAGUGCUAUAGAGAAACUAAUGAAAACAGCUUCUCCCCCCACAAGUCCCUCCCCCCCUCCGUGGAAUGACGUCACGAAUGCGUUGAAAGCGGCGCACGGUAUACAGCUCAGCUCGCUAGUGGCGUUCUUGCCUACGAUAUUGAAUCAGCUGUUCGAUCUUAUGACAGUAGAUAAAGGGUAUAACCACGAUAUGGGAUAUCAAGUAAUAAAGCUGAUCGUACAAUUUGUACACAUGAUACACGAAUAUGGACGAAAGGAUCUACUAGAUAGCUACAUAAAGUACGUAUUUAAUUGUGUCGAAUUCAAACUACAUACAGUUCUUACAGCGCCAUUGUAUAUGUUUGUGGAACCGUCACAACAAGAUUUCCUAUUAGGCCAUAAGUUCAUGCAGUAUUCUGGCUUCUUUUUCGAUAUUAUCGUCAAGAGCAUGGUUCAGUAUUUGAUUAACACUGGACGUAUUAAGAUGUCUAGGCAUGAACGGUUUCAUACAGAUUUGUUGGAUAACAUCGAUAAAUUAGUGACAACGGUUGAGCCAGCGUACAUACUACAGCAACCAAUGCAAACACAUAUAUUCAACAAAAACUUGGCCAUAUUUCUCAAGUCUUGUCUUUCAUUCAUGGAUCGAGGUUUUGUGUUCCGACAAAUAAAGAAAUAUCUAGAAAAGUUCAAAGCGUGCGAUCCUAAAGCGUUAUUCGACUUCAAGUUUACGUUCCUACAAACAAUCUGCUCGCAUGAGCAUUACGUGCCAUUUAACUUGCCUCUACCCGCAAAUAAAAUUGCGAAAGACUGUGAUGAAGAACCAGCCAAGUUAAAGUUGACUGAAGAUUUCAUUAUGAGACAUUUUCUGGCUGGUAUUCUAUUAAAACAGGUGGAACAAUCGCUACGUGAAGCGCCGCAAAAGCGUCGCGUGGCGCUAAGCGUGUUACGUGCGUUACUCACUAAGCACGAACAUGACGAUCGCUAUCGAACACGCCAGGCUAGAGCUAGACUCGCACAAUUGUAUGCACCGUGGCUUUCUGUUGUUCUGGAUAACGCACAUCGCCUGGUCACCAAAACACUAGCGAGUCCAGUAUUAGAAAAUGGCCAUGACAAAAUCGACGGUGACGCGACACCAAACCCUAUACUGAGCAAUGCUCAGAAAGAAAUCGCCUCAGCCAAUAGCACGCCGAGAAGAAAUCGAUUAACUUUACACUUUGAUCACACACCCACUAGAAAUUCAGGACACUUUAAGGAACCACCGAAUAUUUCCAAUAAUAUGUAUGGAAAAGAUAACACAAACAAUAUGUCGCACAGCUCUCUAGAGUCUGUAUCCACAAUGUCGGGAGGAGACUCACUUCCUAGAAAUGCUCGAUUAGAUUUAAGCGAAAUUGGUGAUCAAGUUAACAGAUUUGGUGUGAUGUCCGCGGAGGAGGUUCGGGAUGUGCUUUUGUGUUUCUUGUUUGUGUUAAAGUAUUUGGACGAGGAAAGACUUGUGGAGUGGUGGAAAACACAUUCGCCGGCUCAGCAGCAAUCGUUCUUUAAUGUUUUGGAAAUCUGCGCCGAACAAUUUCAAUACGUUGGCAAAAAGAAGAUUCUGUCAGAGUUAAAGGUAACAACCCCAGAUUGUACGGACAAACUGAAGCCCGCAAAAGCAAGAACAUUACCCGCAAGGAUGAGUCCGCCAGACUUCUCCAAAGAACCGCCUAUAAUUGUGGAGAAAAACAACACCGUAAAUAGAGAGAACCUUGUAAACACGUCACCUCCCACAGAAUUGGAAGCAAUGUCAGAACACGCAGUUCUAUCGGCCGGUUGCCUAGCAACAGAAGUGGGACUCACAAUAAUAGACCGCUCUUGCCUCUUCAUGAAGAACAUGGGAGCGGCGGAGGGGAUAGCGGCUAAACCGUAUUUGAAGUUGUUGCAGUUUCCACAGAGUGAAACGCUGUAUAAACAUCUGUUUGCGGCUCUCAGGGCGUAUAUCAAUCAGUUUUCUGAGACGCUAUUUGAAGGUGGUAGUGCAUUAUGCGCGGGCAUAGUAGGCGCAGUGGUGAAGCUAUGUGAAGCACGUGCUGCCUGGCUCCGACGGGAAGCUGCGGCUGCGUUAUACUUGUUAAUGAGAGCUAAUUUCCAACACGCUACGGGAGGAAACCUUACUAGGGUGCAUUUGCAGGUCAUAAUCGCUGUGUCGAAACUAUUAGACAAUUCAACAGCAUUAAACUGCAAACGUUUUCAAGAAUCGCUUUCAGUUAUCAAUUGCUUCGCUACGGGAGACAAAGCAAUGAAGGGAACUGGUUUAUCAAGCGAAGUUGCAGAACUGAUGCGUCGCGUACGCACUGUAGUGGGCGCGCGGGCUAGACUCGCUGGGGCCGCAGGGGGCGGUACGGGUGCAGGUAGUAUCCAGCUGUCAGAGUUACAGUUCGCGUUAGCGGCCUCUUGCCGCGCCACGCCGAGACUGCGGCACGCCUGGCUCGCCACGCUCGCAGAUUUACACGCUAGGAAUGCCGAUCAUGAUGAGGCAAUGUGUUGUCAACUGCACAUAGCAGCCCUUAUUGCUGAGUAUCUAAAGCUGCGCGGUGUGCAAACCUGGGGAGCUGAUGCAUUCGCCGAUAUAUCCAAAAACAUUCCGAACGACGAAACGGGACUCAAAAUCGAUGAAGGUAUGACCGACAUUCACUACAACGAACAAGCCCUCCUCGAUCAGCUGAUGCUGUGUACAGAAUACGUUGACAAAGCUGAAAGAUACGAAUUGCUCGGUCCACUGUACCGCCUCGUCAUACCGAUAUACGAACGAAGAAAGGAUUAUCAGGCACUCCUCGCGUGCUACCAACAUCUGACCAAAGCCUACGCGAAAGUAAUUGAAGUGACGAAUUCCGGGAAACGUCUCUUGGGCAGAUUCUAUCGCGUCGCCUUCUUCGGGAAGGCCCACUUUGGCGAAGAUGAAGAGGGCGUAGAGUUCAUUUACAAAGAACCAAAAUUGACGUCACUCAGCGAGAUUUCGGAGAAGCUACAACAAUUCUACGAGCAAAAAUUUGGCGCCGGCUGCGUUAAGAUGAUCAUGGAUUCAGCACCGGUCAAGCGAGAAGAGCUAGACAGCAAGCUAGCCCACAUCCAAGUGACAUGGGUGCGUUCAGAGGGCGGCACCGGUGCGGGCGCGAACGAGAACACGUUCGAGCGCGCCCACAACGUGCGCCGCUUCGUGUUCGAGACGCCGUUCACGCGGGACGGCGCCGCGCGCGGGCCCGUGCACCACCAGUGGCUGCGGCUGACGCACCUCACCGCGGAAAACUGGUUCCCGUACGUGAAGCGUCGCAUACCGGUCACCGAGUGCCGCGUGGAAGAGCGCAGUCCGAUAGAAGUGGCCGUCGCGGAGAUAGAGGGGCAGGUGGCUGAGCUCAGCGAGAUUGUGCACGCUAAAACACCUGAUGUUAAGAGGCUGCAGCUUAGACUGCAAGGCAGCGUAUGCGUGCAAGUGAACGCGGGGCCGAUCGCGUACGCAAACGCGUUCUUAGACGCGGCGCUCGCACACAUGUAUCCGGACGAGCUGGUCGACAAACUGAAAGCGACCUUCAGAGAGUUUCUAACAGUAUGCCACGCGGCGUUACAACUGAACGCAAAACUCAUCAGCUCAGACCAAGUGUCCUAUCAAGAAGCACUCGAAGCAAAUUACUACAAAUUAAGCGAUUCUCUCUCCACCUUCCUUGGACAACCGCUACAAGAUAUACUGGUCAAUGGGAACCUCAGUACCACGGUCACUGGUGUGGAAAUGGACUGUAGUAACGCUUGAACAAAAGAAGAAAUAACGGGUAGAAGGAUUGUAUCGCCUGAAUGUACUAACUACGAUAGAGGGGUCAACGAUAAAAUGUCGUGUGCGAUAUGUCGUUGCGAUAUUGUGAAAACUUGCAGUUGGAAAAUGAGUUUGAAAAAAUGUCGUAUUAUAAUGAUCACUCAUUACUUCUCGCGUAGAAAUGUUAUAAAAUAUAAGAAGCGUAACUAAUUAAACAAAAGAAUUACAAAAUUCUUAUCUAUGUAGAUUGUUAGUUUAGAUAUUUUGGCGCACAAAAUGUCAUACUUGUCCUAACAAAGUGCUACGAACUUACGAAUCUCGAUUUAUAAAAGAAAUAUCGAUAAAUAAUCUCGAUUUAAACUUACAGUUGGCUUGAAAACCUCAUAAUUAAAAGUGUCAUUAGUCAUAUUUUAAAUGUUAAAUCACGUGCUGAUGACGUUUUGAUUUUAUUGUCAUGAUGAAACAUUUCUAAUAAAAUUUGUCGAAUAGACUCAUAGCACUCUCACUCGUGCACGCUUGUUAAAGUAAAUGGCUUGUUCAAUAAAAUAUAUUGAUGUAUGUUAUGUUAUAAGUACUAUAGGACAGUCGUCUAAAAUAUGAUCAUGAAAUGUAAUCAAAAAGAUAACGAGUUUUUCCAUAAAAAUGUACAUAUUCACAUUU